UUUGAAUUACGAACUCGGAUUUUCUUUUGUUCAUCGAUAGAAUUCAGCUGUAUUCGACCGCAGAAAACCCCGUCGGAGUUAUCUUGCGCCAUCUCUCUUCCUAUCCAAAUCGUUGAUGGCGAACACUGCGACGCGGUCGUUUUUGCAAGUGGCAGCGACAGAGGAGGCCACGCCGCCUCUCAGAGUUGUUCAGAUUGAAGGAUUGGUUAUUUUGAAGAUAAUUAAGCACUGCAAGGAGUUUUCUCCCGCCCUUGUUACUGGGCAGCUUCUUGGAUUGGAUGUUGGUAGUGUUCUAGAAGUUACUAAUUGUUUCCCUUUCCCGAUCCGUGAGGAAGAUGAAGAGGUUGAAGCGGAAGGUGCUAAUUAUCAGCUUGAAAUGAUGAGAUGUCUGAGAGAGGUUAAUGUUGACAACAACACCGUUGGAUGGUACCAAUCAACUUUAUUUGGUUCUUUCCAGACAGUUGAAUUGAUAGAGACUUUUAUGAACUAUCAGGAAAAUAUAAGACGUUGUGUGUGCAUCAUAUAUGAUCCAUCAAGAGCUAACCAAGGUGUAUUAGCUUUGAAGGCACUGAAGCUUUCUGACUCAUUCAUGGAGCUCUACCGUACUAAUAACUUCACUGGGGAGAAGUUGAGGGAGAAGAAUCUUUCAUGGGUGGAUAUCUUUGAAGAGAUUCCCAUCAAGGUGUCAAAUUCUGCUCUUAUCAGUGCUUUCAUGACUGAGCUUGAGGCUGAUACCCCCGUCCGACAGUGUGAUUAUGAAAGGUUGCAAUUGUCAACCAGUCCAUUUCUCGAGAGAAAUGUGGAGUUCCUGAUUGAAUGCAUGGAUGACUUGUCAAUGGAACAACAAAAGUUUCAAUUCUACUACAGGAAUCUUUCUCGUCAACAAGCUCAGCAGCAGGCUUGGCUUCAGAAAAGACGGGCUGAGAACAUGGCACGGAAGACUUCAGGUGAAGAACCAUUACCUGAGGAGGAUCCUUCAAACCCCAUCUUCAAGCCUAUCCCCGAGCCAUCCAGAUUGGACAGUUUUCUGAUAACUAAUCAAAUUGCCAACUAUAGCAACCAAAUCAACGGAGUGGCUGGGCAAAGCUUUAGCAGACUGUAUCUGAUGAAGGCUCUUCACGAGAAAUAAAUGACGUCGGCACGGCACAAGGGAUGUUUGUUGUCCUCGAUUGGCUUGUUCGGGGUAAGAUUUUGAUUUAUUAUCUGGAACCUAAUUAGUUGUAGGGUUCUUGUUCACCAAUUACGAGGCAAACCAUGAGUUUUCGACGAAAGAUGUAGCAAGAAUGAGUCAAUUAUCCAUAAUUUAUAAUUUCAUGUUUUGUUUUAAAUUGAUUACGAGAAUGUGAUUUUUCGGUUUUUCGGUUCGAGUUGACAACUUUAGCCCUAAAUGUACUAACUUUUAUUCA